UGACCUUUUCACUCGACCUCUUAUAAGGCAAUCGUUAUCUACAAAAUUAUCAUAACACAGAAGGGACGCCACAAUAUUGAACAUCUACAUCGCCAGUUAUUCCUUUUUAGCCAAUGUUCCGGUAUUACGGUACAAGUACAUGCACGUAUCAAUAUUUAGAAGACACGGGCCGAUAAAUACUGAAAGAGGAAAGACAUCAGGAUACCUAAGCUUAUAGGUACUUCAUUGCUAGCAUGUUUAUGUUGCCAGGUAUUAGAUGUCAUCGGCGACAUGGGCGCCAUGCGAUAGUAACUCACUAGGGUCUUCCUCUUUUCAUCAAAUUCUAGAGGUAUCUAUAUUCAUGUUAUCGGGAUGGCAAGCCAGUCUAGCUCGUUGUCACACGUCGAGAAUCAGGAAUCCUCUAACAUAAGGCCCGAUGAAAACCAACAGAUACUGCAUAUGCCGUCGUUUGCGACAACCAUAGCCAGCUUCUCAUCAUCGUCACAAAACGAGCUUCAUCGGACCCUGAACAGAUCAGAGGAGAAGCAGUUUCCUAGCAUAGAGAACACGGGACACCAGAUCCCUAAUAUCGUCGCCGAAGAGCAUGGCGUAACUAUAGAUAGACCGCAACCCGGGGAACACCAAAUCGACGCGAAAGCUUCCGAAGUAACACUGGCCUGUGAUACCAAGCCCGAAGAUCAGAAAACGUCUGACAAGGAGACCGAAAGCCAAGAAGCUCACGGCAUCGAAUUCAAGGAAUGCGGCGACGAAAGAACCCCCCGAGAAGCAUCAGGACACAAGAAAGUGGAUAGUCUGUCAAGCCCGAUACUGGUCAACCAGAAAGAUGAGGAAUAUAUCCAAGGCGCCAAGUUGUACCUGGUACUGAUCGCACUCACGGUUGUCUAUUUCCUUGUAAUGUUGGAUAACACCAUUCUCGCGACCGCAAUCCCUUAUAUCACCGACGAGUUCCAUUCCCUGUUAGAUGUUGGGUGGUAUGCCAGCGCUUACCAGCUCAUCUCGUCAACACUGCAGCCAUUGGGUGGAAAGAUUUACUCCAAGCUAAACUCUAAGUGGUCGUUUCUUGUCUACCUUAUCCUGUUCGAAAUCGGAUCCGUAGUAUGCGGCGCAGCGAAAUCUUCGGCCAUGCUCAUCGGCGGGAGGGCGAUUGCCGGAGCAGGUGGAUCGGGGCUCCUGAAUGGAGCUUUGAUCAUUCUCAACUCUUGCGUCCCGCCGUAUCGCCAACCAGCUGUUGUUGGCAUUCUCAUGGGCCUUGGUCAAUUAGGUAUCGCAUUCGGUCCAAUCAUCGGCGGCGCCUUUACUGAAUACGUGACUUGGAGAUGGUGCUUUUAUAUCAAUCUCCCUAUCGGCGCCGUUGUAGGAUUGAUAAUUGUCCUCAUCCACAUCCCAGAUCAUAUUAAGAAGCCCGACGCACGUCAAGUACUCAGACACGCAGUUAUGGAUUUCGAUCUUCUGGGAUUCAUUCUCUUCGCACCGGCAGCCAUAAUGUUCUUUCUCGCGCUCCAAUAUGGUGGACAUCAGUACCGGUGGGAUAGUUCGCAGAUUAUUGGCCUUUUCUGCGGUGCGGGAGUAACCUUCAUAAUAUGGUUAUCAUGGGACAUCUAUCGGGGAGAUAAUGCCAUGGUACCGCGUUCGAUGAUCAAAACCCGCGUCGUAUGGGCUAGUUGUGCGACUGGGUUUUUCAUGGGUGGGACGGUCUACCUGACAGCUUACUACCUGCCUAUCUACUUCCAGGCCGUGCUCGCCAAGUCACCAUUUAUGAGUGGUGUAGCUGUUCUACCUAACAUUCUAGCGCAAAUGAUCUUUGGGAUUAUAUCAGGGGGUCUAGUUCAAAGAAUUGGGUAUUUUCCCCCGUUCAUCCUCAUGGGCACCGCUCUUAAUGCAGUUGGAUGCGGUCUUUUAAGUCUUUUCUCACUUUAUACCCCCACGGGCCAUUGGAUUGGGUUUCAGAUAAUAAUGGGAGCUGGCCGUGGCUUGACUAUGGCUGUCCCGUUUCUUGCAAUGCAAAACAGUCUCCCAAAAGAUAUGAUACCAAGCGCAAUGUCAACCCUAGUAUUCUUACAGAAUUUCGGUGCGGCCGUGAUGGUCGCCCUGGGGCAGACUAUCCUCACCAACAGCCUCGUCACCCUAAUACCACAGUAUGCCCCAGGUGUCGACCCAUCUCUUGUCUUAAACGCCGGUACGACGUCCGAGGCCAUAUAUGAAGCCAUAGGGCCAGAUAAAUUAGAGAGCGUUCUUUUAGCAUACUCGAUGGCUCUACAGCGCGUCUGGUAUUUCACCGCUGGCAUUGCUGUACCGCCGUUUUUUGUGGGUUGGUGCUUCACCUGGGAAAAUAUUCGCAGGAAAUCUAACGAGCCGGAUUCACAUGAGCCUACCGAGGGUCCGAAACAGGAAUAAAGAUGAUAUGACAGGUUAAAGACGACAUGGGUGCAUCAUAAUUGGCGUUUAGGGAAACGGGUAACGAAGCAGGCACUGGUACAGGAAAUCGUAAUAUCUCUCACACGCCAUACAAGCGUCUCGUAUUUCAUCUAUUUAUAUCUGAAGUUAUGCAUGAACCAAUGAAUAUCAUCGUCCUACCUC